AGUAUGUGUCUUCCUCUUUGUUGUCAUCCUCGCAGUUGUCCAGCCGCUGAGGGACUGAGCGGCUGAAAUGUGGCUUUUGUUUUUGUGGUGAUUUGCGUACCAUCUCCAAGACGAUGCCGGAGCUGAACACUGAGGUCCCUCAAGGCCUCGUGUCCGCUGCUGCGCUUCUGUACGUGAUGCUGAAACGAGAGGCGCGGAGGAAGAAGACCGCAUCCAUGCUGAGCACUGAAAAACUCUCCGGCCUGGCAAUGAACAUGCUAUUGAGGUGACUAUUGUUCACAGAAUAAAGAUGUCGCCAUUGGUGCUGGGAGUCGGAGCGUGCUUAGCUGGGUGGAUUGGUCUUUAUGCUUUGCUGUGCUACACAAAUGGCUCUUGUGGCUAUGAAUGGAACUGUCGGCUAGUUACACUAUUCCAUGGCAUCCUUGCAGUCUGUAUAACCGCUUACAUUGGAUACAUAGAUGGACUGUGGCCUUUCACCUACCCAGGUACAAAGAACACCCCUCUGCAGAUCACCGCUAUGGUGGUCAGUCUGAGCUACUUUAUCUUUGACAUGGCCUGGUGUGUGUACUUCCGCACAGAGGGCCUGGUAAUGCUCGCUCACCACACCAUGAGCAUCCUGGGUAUUCUGCUCACUCUGUGGCUGGAGGAGUCGGGCAUCGAGUCUUGUGCCGUGCUGUUUGGCAGCGAGAUCACAAACCCACUCCUCCAGACGCGCUGGUUUUUGAAACACUCUGGCCGCUACGACAGCUUCCUCGGAGACGUGGUGGACGUACUGUUCGUGCUGCUGUUUGUGUUCAUGCGCAUUUUCGUUGGUGGUGCCAUGUUGUACUGUGAGCUAAUCUCUCCAAGACCCAAGUUCAUCAUUAAAUGUGGCGGUGUGGCCAUGUAUGCGCUGUCCUGGGUGUUCAUGGUUGACAUCAGUCGUUUCACACACCGCAAAUCCCAGCUCAAAUACCAGCGCUGGAUGAAUCGCCACAGGAUGGCAGAGGUUAACGGGCAGGACGUGAAGAGAGACUGAAAGAUCUCUGCUCAGCGGUUUGGCCUCUCGUUUCUAACACUGGAGGGAAGAAUGAGAAUCAGAGCAAGUGAACCAGCUAAUAAAGAUCUGCAGCUUAUAGAUGUUUACAUAUUUUUAAAAAGGAUAUCAGCUAUUAAAGUUUAUUUCUGGUUGGUAAUAUUCAGAUGGGAAAACAUCCAUGCUGUAUCAGAGCCCUUAAACAGUCUUAAUUGUUUUUUAUUAUUUGCCA